AUGUUAAAUAUAAAUUGGGAAUAUAUACAAUAAUUUGAUAUCAAAAGAGUUACAUUUGAUGAACUUUAAUUUCAAAUGAAUAACAUCUAUUAAGCUUAAUUUACAGAGAGUAAUCGCAAAAAUUAUCUAAAGAUGGUUAACCUCUUAUAAAUGAUAAUUUUUUAUAAUGAGUACUGCAAUUUUUAAAUUAAAGAAACUAAAUCUUAAUUAGAUUCUGAUAUUAAUAAAGUUGAUUAAGAGAUUCUAGAGAAAGAGUAAAGGUUAUUAAAAAGCAAGAGAUAUUAUUAAAAAUGUAAAAUAUAUAAAGAAGAAUUAAAAAAGAAAUUAAAAUUAAAGCCUAAAAAAGUUUAUGGAUGUUUGCAUUGUAAUAAUGAAUUUUAAAAUACUAUUUUAUUGGAUAGACAUAUGGAAAUUCAUAAAGAACCUCCAAAUAUAACUCCAUAAAUUUUAGCCAUCUAGAAAGAAUUAUAAUAAUAAUUAAUAUAUUUGUAUUAGGCCAAACAACAAAGAAAAUAGUUAGAAUUUUAGAAAGAAGAUUUAAAAUGUGGAAUGUUAGCAGCUGCAGGUAUUAAAAAGUAAUAAUUGUUUUUUAGAAAGAAAUUAAGUAUUAUUAUCUAAUGAAAAAAUCAAUUAGAUUUAAAAGAUUUAUAUAUAAAAAGUAAAAUAAUUGGAAUCAGUAUUAAAACAUUUAAAUGAGUAGAAUGAUAAAUAUUAAUAUCAAAAUGAAUGGUUGGAUAAUCUUGAAGAAGGGAUUAAAGAAUCGUUGAAUUUAAAGAGAGAAUAAGAAAAACUUUUACAAACCUAAGUCAAUAUUUAAUAAUAAUAAUCGUCUAAUCUUUUGAAAAGUUAAAGAUCCUUUUAGCUUUCAAAAAAAGAAUUAAAAGCUCAAAGUAAUACAAACUUUAAACCAUAAUCAUAAAUUUUUAUUUAAUCAUAGGUUGGUGGAUCAAACCAUCUAUUUCGUAGAUCUAAAGAUGGAAUGGAAUAUACUUCUGAUGACUCUCCAAAAGAAGAAAUAAUUAUAGAAGAAGAGGAUAUGAUUAAAGAACAAAUUGAUCAUAGAAAAAAUUAAUCUAGCCUUUCAUCAAAAUUAAAGCCAAAACAUUCUAAAAAUACAUCUGGAGUAUCAUUUUAAGAAAGCAAUUUAAAAUACCUAACUAAAUUUGAAUAAUAUGAAUACAGAUAUUAAGAAUUCAAUACUCUGGUUACAGAAAUGCUUUUGAAUAGAUAUUAUUUGAGAAGAACUUAGUUCGAUUAAAAUUUAAUAGAAAAGGAAAAAUAAAAGUUGAUUGCUUAAUUUGAUGAUUUGAAUGAAAUAGAUGAUUUAGAAGAUGUAUUAAAAUAAUUAUAAACAUAAACUAAAGGAUUUGAUAAAAGAAAAAGAUAUCAAAUAAAAAAGAAAAUAUUAUAUUAAUAAGAUUAAAAGGAGAAUUAGAAAAAAGAAAAUACCAUAACUACUUUGGAUUCAAGUAGUGAAGAUGAAGUAAGCAACAAAGAAAAAGAUGAAAAUGAUGAACUCAAAAAUACUUAAUAAUUUGAAUUAAGAAAAUUUCCUUUUCAAAUCACAGGAGGAGAUCUCGAAAAUGGAAAUUAACAGUUUUUAUACCAAGAUCCAUCAUAAGGAUAUGGAGUUAAUACAUUUAGUAUAAAUUAUUGA